CUGGAGAAAGGAGCCGAUCGAAACUACAGGAAAGAGGGAAAAGAAGAUUAGACGUUUAUUUGUUUUUCUUGUUUUUUUUUUUAAGCUGGUCGCUGAUUUCAGAAAAAGUUGUGUCCGCACAGAAAAGGCGACCGGAUACGCGCGCAAGACCUUGGGUGCUGGAGGUAAUAUUGCAGUGCGGGGCUGGCUGUAAAAAGAGCGCAGGAGAGGAGCCUAGAGAAGACCGAGGUCCUGGGAUGAGAGUUCUCUGCCAUUUCCCUGUCUUCCCCAGAUCUCCAGGAGGAGUACGCUGGGUGAAACUCUGAGAGUGUGUGGUGUGUCUGACGCCGUCAGGCUGCCAUGGCUCUGGUUCAAGCACUACCUGUGACCGUGACUGACCACCCCAAUCCAGGUCUCGAAGUCCCACAGUACCGGCCGCUAUCAUCCAACUCCCCCUCAGGCCCCUGCUCUGGCCCCUGUGGGCCCUGUAGCUCUGGGACAGCCAUGGGUUCUGUCAGCAGUCUCAUAUCGGGCCGGACAUACCAGGAGAGACACUGCCGGGCUGCCAGCGAAUUCACCACCAAACCACGCCGCUCCACACCAGCUACCAGCUGCUUCCGGCUUCAGGAUAACACCCUCCGCAGCGGGAGUUCCUUAGAGCAGCUGCUGGUUAUCAGCAACCAAACGCAGUCUCAGGCCCAGGUUCUGCCUCCACCGCUGCCCACUAAAAAGCAGCCUCGGCCUGGCAACUCUGCUGGAGCAGUAGGUGGUGGCACUAAUGGGAACUUUGGGUAUGUGAGCGAUGAGGUGGUGGUUGGAGACUGGAACGACAACCUGGUGGUGGCAGCUGCAAGCCCCUGCAGUGACUCGGAGGACCCAAGGGAGAACAGGAGUCUGAACGGCAACAUUGGAGGGCCUCCUCCCAAACUCAUCCCAGUGUCCGGACAGUUAGAGAAGAACAUGGAGAAAGUGCUGAUCCGUCCUACAGCGUUCAAACCUGUCGUUCCCAAGAAUCGUCACUCUGUGCAGUACCUGUCACCACGGCCAGGGGGCAGCAGUCUGUCAGAGAGCCAAGCCAGCCUCAACCUCCUGCUGCCCCUUGGAGGACCCAACAACGUCAGCGGCACGAACGGCAACGGAGGGAGCAGCAGUUCCAGCUCUGAAGGGAAACGCAACUCCUACAGUGGAGGUCGCAACGCUCGGAGCAGCCAAUCCUGCUCCAUGUCAGAUUCAGGGAGGAACUCCCUCUCCAGCCUCCCUACUCAUAGUAGUACAGGCUACAGUUUGGCCCCCAGUGAGGGCUCCAGCUCCGGGUCUGCCUCUGGGGGCCAGCUGGAGCCUGUCACAGCACUGGGCCGAAACACUUCGGGUGGAAGUGGGAGCCAUGGUCACACUAACUCAGACAGUGGACGUUCCUCAUCCAGCAAGAGCACAGGCUCGGGGUCGCUUAGUGGGCGCGGGCAGCCCCUGUCAGACAGCGGGUCCUGUGGCCACUCAUCACCACCAGUCGAGGGCUAUGAGGCCGUCGUGAGGGAGCUGGAGGAGAAGCUGAGGGAACGAGACCUGGAGCUCCAGCAGCUCCGGGAAAAUCUGGAUGAGAAUGAAGCUGCUAUCUGCCAGGUGUAUGAGGAGAAGCAGCGUCGCUGUGAAAGAGAGAUGGAGGAGCUGAGACAGAGCUGUGCCACGAAGAUGAAGCAGGCCUCUCAGAAGGCCCAGAGGGCACAGCAGGUUCUACAGUUACAGGUAUUUCAACUACAGCAAGAGAAAAAGAAGCUGCAGGAGGACUUUUCCUCUCUGCUGCAGGACAGAGAGACGCUCGAAAGGAGGUGUGCCACCAUCCAGAGGGAGCAAACCCAGCUUGGGCCACGCCUGGAAGAGACAAAGUGGGAGGUGUGUCAGAAGUCAGGAGAGAUCUCCCUCCUGAAACAGCAGCUGAAGGAGAUCCAGUCAGAGCUCAGCCAGAAGGCAGGAGACAUUGUGGUCCUGAAGGCACAGCUAAGAGAAGCCCGUUCUGAACUGCAAGCCAGCCAGGUUCGAUCCCAGGAGGCCCAGUCGGCCCUGCGGACGCGAUCUCUGGAGCUGGAAGUCUGCGAGAACGAACUCCAGAGGCGCAAGAGUGAAGCUGAGCUGCUCCGGGAGAAAGUGGGCCGUUUGGAAGAGGAGUCAGCCCGGCUCCGUGACACCCUGUCCAAUCACAGUGGACCCUCUCUACCUGGAAAUGUAACAACGAAGGGGCAGUGCAUGAACCUGUCCCUCCAACAGGGUAGAGGUGUGGCAGGAAGGGGCGGUCCCAGUCCCUCUGUGUACCGUGAUGGAGAGGAGACUCAUCUGGUCUGGGGAGGAGAGAGUGAUGAAGCCAAGGCACAGAGGCAGAAUGCAGAAACAGUGUUGGGACUCAGACAACAGGUGGACAGACUGAAGGCUGAGCUCAUGUACGAGAGGAGGACUAGUGAGGAGCAACUGUCACGGUUUGAGGAUGAGAGGAGGGUGUGGCAGGAGGAGAAGGAAAAGGUAAUCCGCUACCAGAAACAGCUGCAGCAGAACUACAUCCAGAUGUACCGUCGAAACCGGGAUCUUGAGCGAGUGAUGAGGGAGCUGAGUCUGGAGCUGGAGAACAGGGACAUGGAGGACUAUGAGGUUCACAGUGGUAGCAACGACAUCCACUUUGAGGAAAUCACCGCCACUGAGAUCUAAAAACACACACACACACACACACACACUUACAGUAAUAUGUGAACAGAAACACACGGGAACGCAACUCACCAAAAACUCUAAAUAUGUAACCCAGACUCUUCAACAUGGCUUUACCUGGACCACUGAGCGAGCACUCACCACUCGUCACUGUCAAAAGGGAGAUCUCACAAAGGUGAAUUCUUACUUUCUGCUAACAGAGAUGUACUCCAGUAAAUCUUUAUAGUCGUCCGCCUGCGGCGCUUUUAAUGGGUUUUACCCUAUACAAAGCCAGCACAAAGACGUCUUUCCUUCUGUGGGAGCAAAAGCAGUUGAAAUAAAGGGGUUUCUUUAUUAGACCACGUUCAAAUCAGGGUAUUGAACAUGGAUGGGAACUUGAAGCAAAAAAUGUUACUACACGCACAGCAAUCUGGUCAAAGUGUGGUCUCACUUUUCCUGGUAGCACACGAGGUUACACACCCGGCCACCAGCAUGCAUGUUAUGAUGCAUCAUGACAGUAGUCCCAUCGACAUCAACACCACAACUGCUUGGCAAUUGAUGAUGACUUCAUCUCCCAUUCCAGCUGUGCUCAUUGGCGACAAAACCAACGACCGCUGGUUCUCCAAGUAACUGCAAAAGGGAGAACGACAAUUAUUGCAACAUCUGCUAUUUGUAUUUUACAGUGUUCAGAGGAUCAGCAGUUCAUUUCAUUUUAUAAAAAGGCUAAGAAUAGUUUUGUUCUGGAGGUAUUUCCUUAGCAGCGUGCAUUUGAAAAGGAAUGUAUUGUGACUGUUACCACUCCAGAGAAAUGCAGUAUAAAUAGUCGUCACUGGCAAUGAAAGAAUCUGUUCACCAAUGGAAACAUGCUAUUAUUUUGCACAACUUCCCUGCUCUUUCUUGUGAAGCAAAUCAUCAAACUUAAACAAACCAGUUUUGACAUUUGGCUUUUGGUUUGCUUACAUGUGGACAUCCUAUUCUGUCAUUUUCCAAGCCGCAGAGGACGCAGAAACCAAACGUUCAAAGGAAAUGCUUUAUUUGAACGCUUGUCAUGUAGACCACCAACAGUCAUGCUGUUACACUUGAUCAACGUGUCAACUGAGUCAUAAGCUCUGACAUAAACAUUUACAUUUUACAGUUAUGUAGCACUAAAUAGCAGGCCGUAUUAUGGGAGAUAUCAUCAGGAUGCUGCUGGUUCUCCUUUUUCUGUCUUCUUCUGCCUUUGUCUCACUUUCCAUUUUUCUAUAUCUGCUCCUUACACAGCUAUUUUUAUAACAGUGAAAAGCACCACAGCAAUCGGUAUCAGGAAACUAAAAAUGGAGCAUAUUCUUUCAGUUUGGUCAUCACGUCACUAAGAGAUUUAAGCCAGUGCUUGAACCGUAGGCAUGCUUAUUCAGAGUUUCCAUAAUUCCCCUUCUUUCCCAUUAGUGCUCUUUUUUUAGCUUUUGGCAGCCCAGAGCCAAACUUUUAAAGUCUUCCUAGUCUCCCCUAGACUAUAAUCUUCGUUGAUUGCUAUACAGGUAGUGAGACUGGCAUGUCUGCAUGUCUUUGUUAUAUCGAAUUUCAGAAAAAGCUGGCUCAGAUAGCAGUGAGAUGGGAAUUUGCAGAUACAGUAGCUCCAGCACUGAAUGCACUCACGGCAGGUCGGCUGUUAAAGCCCUAAAUAUAAACCGAUGAGGGGGAUGUUAACAUUUGCAGCUGUGGGGUUGCUCCGUUUGCUCAUAGCAGCAUGGUGGGUCUCUAUGGAAAAAAAGUAGUGGACUGAGAACUUUUAUUUUACAAAGAGUCUAUAUCAUGGAAUAAUAGUUAAAUUGAAAUCUAUAUAAUGGAGGAGAUGUUGUAUAUUUUUUUAUAUAUAGCACCUGAAGAUAUUUUGUUGUAGUACUGGUUUAAUUGUGGGUUUAAUAUACAAAGUAUAUCACAUACCAAUAUUUCAAAUGAUGGAUCAAUUACAAAUGGAGGCGGCAGCAUAGGCAGAGUGCACCUUAUACUGUAAUGCAUGAAAAUCUGUUUACAUAAUAUAAUCUGUGUGAUACAAACAUAUACUAUCUGAUGACCAAACUUUGCAGCUGGUAAAGCAGUUGGGGGCUUUUAUUUGGGGCUUAGUUUUGACCUGUUGUCUCUCCAUUUUGAUUGAUCUUUCACUUGAUUAUCAGUAUCAUAAUAUCACACCAAUCCAUGUUUUCAUCAUUGCGUUUUGUGCACGUCAUUCCUUUGUAAGUGCAUGAGACGGGUCAUUUUUGAGUAACUUCUUCAUUCAAUUGAGGUCCUAGCAGAUGCAAAUCAAGUAAGUAUUAUGUUUCCUCUGCUUGGAAAUUCAAUCGAUCGCCUUUCAGAAAAUUUGAUCAAUUUGUAUUUGCAAGACGCUACCAUAUUCAGUUUGGUUUAAGAGACAUUGUGGGAUAUUACAAGUCUGCACUUUGCAUAAAUUGUUAACACAACAGAACAUGUCCAACCAUAUUCACCAUGUUAACCAGACCUAGACUGUUACUCACUUGCCACAGAUGGAGCACAGGUACAGAUUAACAACAAGCACAGGUGCUCCAAUUCAAACUGAAUCCCUCACUGAAAAGUAGUGUGUGAAUCCCAGACUGCCCUUUUUCUCCUCAUAUCUCAGUUCUGUUUAUUGUUGCAUAACCAUUUUCUGUGUAAAUAUGUAAAACACUAAAUAGUAUAACAGAGUGACAUUGUCUUUUAUUUAGACAAAGUGUCUAUUUCAAAUGUAGCCACUGUGAUUAGACCAAAGCAACAUAACACAAUUCUUUUGUGGCAUUUUUUUUUCAUCCUUUUGUGUGCAUUUUUUUAUGUUUGCUUAUGUUGUGUCUUUCAUUAAUUCAUAAAGUAUGUAGUUGUCCCUGUAUAUUUUUAUGUGUACAUUUCUUUACAAACUGUGUUUUUAAUUAAAGAACAAGUUGUCACACCUCAAAGUGACUGUUGAUUUAUGUGCUUUUUUACCUUAAACACA